CUUUGGAUGUAGUACUACAGACAAAAUUAAAACAGAUUCGAAUUUGUACAUUUAUAAAUUAAAACAAAGUGCAAAAUGUGGGUUAAACGAAUACAGCUCUGGAGAGCUACACAGGCAGUAGUAAGCAUGAACUCCACAUCGCUGCAGGCCAGUAAAGCAGCGUCACAGAUGUGUACCUCCGGCCACAGCAGAAGGGAUAUGCAUCUGACUAGUAGUUGGAGCAGUCAGCUAAACAGACGAGCGGGCGCAAUUGCGCCGCCAACAUUACUGCCACUUUACAGUUCCGCAGGAACGUUGCGCUAUGCCAGCUCCGGCACAGAGCAAAUGCCGGAAUCAGUGUCCACGAAAGAAUUGGUGGAGCUGCCGGACAUACCGGAGGCGCCAAUGCCACCGGCAGCCACAGGAUUAGACAAUAUGUCGCAGCAAUUAAUCGACGCCGUAAAUCUGGCAGGCGAGCCCAGCUUUGCCUCCAUAGGCCUGGGCGGCUGGUCGCCAGUGGGCAUGGUACAAAACUGCAUGGAGUUUGUGCACUGUACGUGGGAUAUACCUUGGUGGGGCACCAUUGCCAUUGGUACAGCUAUUGUGCGCACAAUAAUCUUUCCCUUGGUUAUCCUGGCUCAGCGCAAUUCGGCCAAGAUGAACAACAACAUGCCACAGAUGCAGCUGCUGCAGAUGAAGAUGACAGAGGCUCGUCAAUCAGGCAAUGCCUUGGAGUCCGCACGCUACGCACAGGAAAUGAUGGUCUUCAUGAAGGAGAAGGGCGUUAAUCCGCUAAAAAAUAUGAUUGUUCCUCUAGCGCAAGCGCCACUGUUCAUAUCGUUCUUCAUGGGAUUGCGCCAGAUGGCCAAUACGCCCGUUGACUCCAUGCGGGAUGGCGGUCUUUUCUGGUUCACCGACUUGACAAUGGCAGAUCCCUUCUACAUACUACCCGUAAUCACCAGUGCCACGCUCUACCUGACCAUCGAAAUUGGCACAGACAGUGCGCGUCUGUCGGCGGCCAACAUGAACACCAUGAAGUACGUGCUACGUGCAUUACCCCUUGUCAUCUUCCCCUUCACAAUGAACUUCCCUGCGGCCAUUCUGACGUAUUGGGCCUGCAGUAAUUUCAUUUCCCUCGGUCAAGUGGCGCUCUUGCGCGUUCCUGCGGUGCGGGACUAUUUCAAGAUUGAAAAGUUGCUAACGCAUGCGCCCAGCUCGCUGCCGAAAAAGAAGAAAGGCUUUGUAGGCGGCAUGAAGGAGUCUUGGGAAAACAUGAAAAUCACCAAGGAGAUCGAGGAGCGACAGCGUUUGGAUGAAAUACGCUUUGCCAAGGCCGGCAAGGGACCUCUAGUGAAGACCUACAAAUACGAUCCCACCAAACCCAGAACACACACAGACCAGAUAACCAGCAAUCUAGAGAAGUCGUCCAAGGACAAGUAGUCAAGUUGCCCAGUCUUUGUUAACGUUACUAAUUGUAGUCUCUUUACGGAAAGUUUCUUUAUGCUAAAAAUAUAUAAUUUGUA